CUCCUUUCUCUUCAAUCAUCUUCCAUCAACUCAAACCUCCCACCGCCAAAUAUUUUAAUUAUUCUGGCAAUGGCAGAUACAGGAAUUGGUCACCAUGGUUUCAAUUUCUCUAGCAAGAAAAGAUCGGGAUCCGAGGAUCAAUGGGAUCGAGAAGAUUUCAUCGCAGCCAAGAAGGCGAUGAAACCAAUGAUAUGGGAGGACCCAGCGGCGGCGAUAUCUAAUACCCGCCACGAGUUCGGCGAGCAUGGUGGCGUAAACAUGUCAAUUGAGGCUUCCGCCACCUUCACCGUCAUGGAACCGGAGACCAUGCGCCGUAUGUUCUCUGGCGAGCUUGGCCCCGAUCGCGACUUUUUUAUUUACAGCCGCCAUUUUAACCCUACCGUUCUGAAUCUCGGCCGUCUCAUGGCUUCACUUGAGGGCACCGAGGCGGCGUACUGCACAGCCUCCGGCAUGUCCGCCAUCUCCUCGGUGCUCCUCCAACUCUGCAGCUCCGGCGGACACGUGGUCGCCUCUCGUACACUGUACGGCGGCACCCACGCUCUAUUGACACAUUUUUUACCUAGGGCAUGCAACAUAACGACGUCGUUUGUGGACAUUAGGGAUCACGAAAUGGUUAGGGAAGCUAUCACGGAAGGCAAAACUAAGGUGUUGUACUUCGAGUCUAUGUCGAAUCCAACUCUGGCGGUGGCUAACGUGCCGGAGCUGUGCAGGAUAGCGCAUGAUAAGGGCGUUUUGGUGGUGGUGGACAACACUUUUGCACCGAUGGUGUUGUCGCCGGCGAGGUUGGGCGCUGACGUGGUGAUUCAUAGCAUUUCCAAGUACAUUAGCGGUGGGGCCGACAUCAUUGCAGGUGCUGUAUGUGGGCCGGCAAGCCUAGUGAAUGCCAUGAUGGAUCUUCAUCAAGGAGCUCUUAUGCUAUUGGGCCCAACGAUGAAUCCAAAAGUUGCUUUUGAACUUUCGGAAAGGAUUCCUCACUUGAGCCUGAGAAUGAAAGAGCACUGCAAUCGGGCCCUGGUGUAUGCCACAAGAAUGAAGAAACUGGGCCUAAAAGUUAUCUAUCCAGGCCUAGAAGAUCAUCCAGAUCAUUUCAUUCUGAAGUCUUUGGCAAAUAAAGACUAUGGCUAUGGGGGAAUUCUAUGCGUGGAUAUGGAAACUGAGGAAAGGGCUAACCGUUUGAUGAACUUGUUACAAAAUUGCUCUCAAUUUGGGUUUAUGGCUGUUAGCUUGGGGUACUACGAGACCUUAAUGUCUUGCUCUGGGAGUAGCACGAGCAGUGAAAUGAAUGCGGAAGAGAAGGCAUUGGCAGGCAUUUCGCCUGGGUUAGUGAGGAUGUCAAUUGGGUACAGUGGCACCUUGGAGCAGAAAUGGAGCCAGCUCGAGAAGGCACUUUCCCGACUUAAUGAUUCAGGUUUCUUCCAGAAGAUUUAGGCGUGUUUGUUAAUGUUUCUAUUUGAGUUAGCACAAUGAAAUCCACCAUAUGUAUUUGGUGAUUUGGACUCGACUGUUUCACUAGCUUUUAUUUUAUGAACGACUAUCUAUUAUAAGUA